CGGCUCCCGCUUCCGCGGAUCUGCGGUGGAGGGUCCCGAGCGGGCCCCGCUUCAGGGGUGAAGACGACAGCGACGGCCCUGCGGGCUGGAAGGACCCAGGAGGCUGGGCAGCAACUUUGGGAUGACUUGGGAGCCCACUCCACCAGGAGGAAAAUGCAUCCUGCGUGGGGUCCUGACACCUGCAGAUGGAGCUUUGCCAUGAUUUCUUCUGGAUGUUUUUGUAAAGAGAUUAUUUCUGUAGAGAAAUGCCACUUCAGCAUCAUAUACACAGUCAUAAAAUUCAUAUCAAGAAAUGGGACCAGUCAGUCUUCCCUGCAACCUGAGGCAAAGAGAAAAAAGUCACACCCUAGGAAUGCAGUGGUGUCCUUUGAAAGAAGAGGAUGCCAUUCCCCGUGUGAGGGCAAUGGAAGCUCAUGGGGGACGACCACCGGAUCCAGAGGGAGAGCGACCAGGAGAGGAUACCAGCGUGAGACAGCGGAGCGGUCGGCCUCCUGAUGUUGGCGGUGCUGAAUGUGUAGAUAACACAGAUGGCAAAUUGCUAAGACAACUGCAAGCUCAAGAAAAAGCCCAACAAGCAGCACAAAUAAAGCUUUUGAGAAAACUCCAAAAGCAGGAACAGGCUCACAUUGCCAAAGAAGCUAAAAAACAACAAGCAAUAAUGGCUGCUGAGGAGAAGCGACAGCAAAAAGAGCAGAUAAAGAUUAUGAAACAACAGGAAAGAAUUAAGAGAAUACAACAAAUCAGAAUGGAAAAAGAACUUCGAGCCCAGCAAAUUCUAGAGGUAGAAUUCGAAAGAAUUAAGAGAAUACAACAAAUCAGAAUGGAAAAAGAACUUCGAGCCCAGCAAAUUCUAGAGGAAAGAAUUAAGAGAAUACAACAAAUGAGAAUGGAAAAAGGUCUUCGAGCCCAGCAAAUUCUGGAGGCUAAGAGGAUAAAGAAGGAAGAAGCUGCAAAAGCCAAGUUAUUGGAGGCUGAGAAACGAGAACAGGAAAAAGAACGGUCGAAGCAAGAAAAACGUGAUGAGAAACGAUUAAAGAAAGAGCUUAAACUAGAGCAACGAAGAUUAGAAUUAGAAAUUGCAAAAGAACUAAAGAAGCCUAAUGAAGACAUGUGCUUAGCAGACCAAAAGCCUUUGCCAGAGUUGCCUCGUAUUCCAGGACUUGUCCUCUCUGGAAGUACAUUUUCAAACUGUCUCAUUGUGGUGCAGUUCUUACGAGUCUUCGGUAAAGCUUUAGGCUUUAAUGGGAAUACUGAUGUUCCAGACCUGAGUAUUCUUCAAGAGGGAUUGCUGAAUCUAGGGGACAGCAUGGCUGAGGUACAAGACCUGCUUGUGAGGCUCCUGUCAGCUGCUGUGUGUGAUCCAGGUCUAAUUACAGGAUACAAGGCCGAAACAGCUCUUGGAGAACAUUUGCUGAAUGUUGGUAUGAAUCGAGACAAUGUUUCCGAGAUCUUGCAGAUCUUUAUGGAGGCCCGUUGUGGACAGACUGAGCUCACCGAAAGCCUGAGGACCAAGGCUUUCCAGGCCCACACUCCGGCCCAGAAAGCCUCGGCGCUGGCCUUCCUGAUCAGUGAGCUGGCGUGCAGCAGGAGGGUGGUGAGUGAAAUUGACAAGAACACUGAUUAUAUGUCAAACUUGAGGAGAGAUAAAUGGAUGGUAGAAGGUAAACUCCGCAAGCUCCGAAUCAUUUAUGCUAAGAAAGCAGGCAAGAGAGACACUUCAGGUGGCAUCGAUCUUGGAGAAGAGCAGCACGCGUCGGCCACCCCCACAGCAGGAUGCAAGCGAAGAAGGAAGGGCGGCGACAGUGACGCUGAUGGCAACGAGGAGGAGGAGGAGGAGGAAGACAAGGAAGACAGAAAAGGAAAGAAAACCGAUGUCUGUGAAGAUGAGGAUGAAGGUGACCAAGCAGCAAGUGUUGAAGAGCUAGAAAGACAGAUUGAAAAGCUGAGUAAACAACAGAGUCAGUACAGAAGGGAGCUCUUCGAUGCGUCUCACUCUUUACGUUCAGUGAUGUUUGGCCAGGAUCGUUACAGACGUCGGUAUUGGAUUUUUCCCCAGUGUGGGGGGAUUUUUGUAGAAGGCAUGGAGAGCGCUGCAGGGCUGAAAGAAAUGGCAAAAGAAAGGAAAAAACGAAAAAAAGCAGAAAGCAUCCAGACCAAAGAAAUAUUUGAUACUUCUGACGACCCUUUAAAUUGUUCAAAUCCGGAUCAUUGUGAGCAAAAGGAAGAUCCUAACGAAAAAGAUAACAGAAAUCUAAUUCUUCAGAAUCCUGGCUCUUUUUCCAAAUUAAGCAAGCUUUUAGAAGUAGCUAAGGUGCCUCCUGAGUCAGAUGUAACGACCCCCAAACCAAAGAGCGGUGCAGAUGGGUGCGCACUGCCUCACCAGAACCGUGGGAGACACUCACCGGGCAGCAUGCAGCCAACGGUGACACAGAACGGCGUGGAAGAGACAGACUCGAAUCUGGUCAGUACCGGUUCAGGUGGUGCAGGCAAGGUCUACAGUCCUCUCCCCAGGGACCAGUUGUUACUGCCAAGAACACCUUGGGAGGACACUUCCCUUACCCAAGCCGAUGCGCCAGCUGCUUCUUCACCAACUCCUCGGGCCCAGCCGCCCUCUAAGUCACCUGCAGCUCUUGAAGUAGCCAAACCAGUAGAUUAUCCUAGUCCAAAGCCUAUUCCAGAAGAAAUGCAGUUUGGCUGGUGGAGCAUUACUGACCCAGAGGAUUUAAAAGCUUUGCUCAAAGUGCUACAUCCCAGAGGCAUAAGAGAAAAGGCAUUACAAAAACAAAUUCAGAAACACCUGGAUUACAUCACUCAAGCCUGCAUCGAGAAUAAGGAUGGUGGGCACCUAAAAGAGAUUUAUUUCUGCUCUCUUGCUUACUGCCUUGCUUAUUCACAAGUGAAUUUGUGUGUGUUAAAUGUACUUGUACGUGGUGCCCCUGGAAUUUCAUUCACAUUCUGGAAGAAAUCAUUGAGAGAUAAAGUGGAUUUUAAAAUAAAUUUCCUUUCAAAUAUAGUUACCAUUAUUGAAUUAAAUGAAAAUGAAGAAAACCCGGUAACUCGAGAUAUUGUGGAGAACUGGUCAGUAGAAGAACAAGCAAUGGAAGUGGAUUUGAGGAUUCUUCAACAGGUAGAAGAUCUGGAAAGGAGAGUCGCAUCAGCAAGUUUGCAAGUAAAGGGUUGGAUGUGUCCAGAACCGGCAUCAGAAAGGGAGGACUUGGUCUAUUUUGAACAUAAGUCAUUUUCUAACUUGUGCAAGGAGCACGAUGGAGAAUUUACUGACGAAGAAGAAAGCAGUGCGCGUGCACUAGAGCGGAAGAGCGACAACCCCCUAGAUAUAGCUGUAAGCAGGCUGUCUGAGUUGGAGCGAAACAUUGAAAGGAGGUAUCUGAAGAGCCCCUUAAGUACCACCGUUCAGAUCAAACUGGAUAAUGUGGGCACAGUUACUGGCCCUGCUCCUGCACCAUCCACUAGUGGUGAUGAUGACGGAAUUGAAGAGGAUAUUGUUCCCGGUCUCAGGGUGUGGCGAUGGGCAUUAUCAGAAGCUCGCAGUGCUGCCCAGGUGGCUCUGUGCAUUCAGCAGUUACAGAAAUCCAUAGCAUGGGAAAAAUCCAUUAUGAAAGCUGCAAGUUCACUGAAAAGGGGCCGCAAAAACAGAAAAAGGAAAAUAGAGGAAAACACCUGCGGUACUGGAGUAAAACAAGAACGCUGUACUCGUGGAAAGAAACUGAAACAGGACAACUCUGACCCGACUCUUGGCAGCCUUACUAAAAUGCAAACUCGUCUCAAUAAAGACAUGAAAAAAAGAAAAAUAGAAGAAAACACCUUCACUAACUUACCAAACCAGGAAAGCUUUAAUUCUGUAAAGAAAAGGAAGCAAGACCACUCUGACCUGACUCUUUCCAGGUAUAAUUUUUGUUCCCCUGUCCUAUAUAUUCAUAACAUCCCAUUGUAUUUGUUUAGAAACCUUCCACCAUACUAAAAGUGACUUUAUGACCGUUUGUGUAAAUAGGAAUUUUCCUAUGUAAAGUCCACUCUGUACUAUAAGUGUAUUCUUUCAUGUGUUUUUAUGAAUUAAUUUGCAUUGUCUUUACUUGGAAGAGAAUGAAAGCUCAUCUUUUCCUAAAGGUAGAUAACUAAAGCAUGGAUAGUGAUUUCAAACAUUACUUUCUCUUGUACCCUUACUGAAAUGGACAGUCAUGAAGAUGCACGGCCUUUUGUAGAACUGCCGGAGUGCAGCACACGGAGUCGUCUGCGUUUCCGCCUCAGGGAUGGAAGACACGUUUUUAUUAAAAGUGCGUAAGCAGCUUUAUAAUAACAUGUCUGGUAUCUGGGGGUCUCGUCAACAAGAAAUAAAGUGGUUAAACACACACACAGAGCAGUCUUUCAAGAAUGAUCAUUUUCUUUUAAACAAAUACAAUAUCCCUGAAAAAAGGAAAGCGUGGUGUGCAUAUUGGCUACUUUGGGCUGGUGUUUUCAUCACUGGUGGUACAUACUCAGCAGGAGCAGCUGGGCAGGAAGUAGUGGGCAUGGUAUGAAAAUGGCAGUUGGUCCAGUACUAAUUGUCACUGUACGUGUGGGUAUCAUUUGUUCUGUGACUGACUUGCACUCGAGGUGCCCUAGGGUGAGUGUAUCCUCAAGCCCCUGGCACGGUUCUCCUCAAAUAACCAAAGUCCUCCUAAGCCUCUGCUGCCACCCAACUACAGGUAUCCACAGCAUACUUUCAUUCGGAUGCACGAGGCCUUCGCCGUAACCGUCAUCAUUUCUGUCCUGGUUGCUCUGUAGAUUAUAGAUCCCGGGCCGACCCUCAAGUUUGUAUUUCGAUUGCCAUUCAAGUGGUAAUCAAUGAAUGAUGACCAAUGAGUGCUCUACUGUUAAACCCAGGAUAUCAUCCAUGGGAAAUAAUAUGUAGAGAAUAAAGUAAUAUUUAUUUAGUUGUUAACCAUAGUGCAAAUCAAGUGAAAGUUAUGUGUGGGUAUGGGGAUAUCUUGAACUCAGAAGAAUUAAGUUAUCAUAAAUGCACAGUGAUCUCUUUUCCUGGUUUCAACCUCAAAAUGAAAUUUGUUAAAAGCACUAAUUUUAAAAUGAGGGUAUCUAAUCUGCCUUUGGUACCUUAUGCACCCCCUCUGUUCUCCUUUUUCCAUUUCUUCCACCCCCAAUACCUUUUCAAAAUAUUUAAAAUCCUAUUCAUUUAGCCUCUCAUUAAACACAUCCUCAACAUGGAAAUCUGAUAUCAAUCAUUUACUCCUUAUUGUAAGUUUUCUUUGUGGGCUUCUUUCAACGUUAUUUUUAUCUUAAGUAUUUCCAUUUAAGAAAUGAAAGAAGUUUGUGUUGUUAAAAUAAUUCAAUUUCAACUGGAAGUUAAGGGAGGUAUUUAAGAGAAUCAAAAUUUUCCUUCCAGAGAAAUAUGACUGUCAUACAACACAGGGAAACUAGUAGAGCCUUAUCUACUAGGAAUUUCACUUCAAUAAGAUCUCUUAGGCUUGCUUGAGCCAUUUUAUAACUCUACCUUUAAAAAAAGACUUUUUUUUUUUGGUAUCACUAAUCUACAGUUACAUGAAGAACAUUAUGUUCACUAGGCUCCCCCCUUCACCAAGUCUUCCCCACACACCCCUUCACAGUCACUGUCCAUCAGCAUAGUAAGAUGCUGUAAAAUCACUACUUGUCUUCUCUGUUGUACAUCCCUCCCCUAGCCCCCCCCCCACUGCACAUGCUUAUUAUAAGGCCCCCUUUCUGUUUCACCACCCAUCCUCCCCAGUCCCUUUCCCUUUGGUUUCUGUUAGUCUGUUCGUGGGUUUUGUGAUUCUAUUGCUGUUUUGUUCCUUCAGUUUUUCUUUGCUCUUAUACUCCACAUAUGAGUGAAAUCGUUUGGUUCUUGUCUUCCUCUGCCUGGCUUAUUUCUCUAAGCAUAAUACCCUCUAGCUCCAUCCAUGUUACUGCAAAUGGUAGGAUUUGUUUUCUUCUUAUGGCUGAAUAAUAUUCCUUUGUGUAUAUGUACCACAUCAUCUUUAUCCAUUCAUCUUCUGAUGGACAUUUAGGUUGCUUCCAAUUCUUGGCUAUUGUAAAUAGUGCGAUAAACGUAGGGGUGCAUCUGUCUUAAAAAAAAGACAUUUUUUUUAAAACUUCAACUAUAUACAAUUGAGGUAAUUCCCCUAAUUUCCUUGAGCCCUUCAAUUUCCUUCCCCCAUAUAUAGAUAACUUUAAUGUCUUCCCAGUCAACCUUUUAUAUAUUUGUUUAGCCACAUGUAUCUUUAAAAAUAUGUAGUGUGAAAUGCUGGGCAUAGAAGUCACAGGGCAUAAAUCUGUAAAGAAGUAAAAAGCUAACCUUUUCAAGGAAUAUUGCUUCUCUCUCACUUACCAACUUUACAUUUCCCUGUAUGGCCCCGGAAGAUGACUGGUUAGCCAGAGACGGGUAAGAUUCCUCAAGGGAGGAACAACCUAAGACAGGCACAGUCGCCGGGGGGCCAUCAGGUGAGAAAUUGGGGAUCAACAGAGGUGAGGCUUAGAACCUCACCCCCCGUUUUGAGAGAAAUCUGCAUCCGUGGAUGUUUUGUUGCCCUUGUCUAGCUUGGAUUAAUAUUUAGUCUAUAGGCACAGACCUGAUCAUCUACAUUUGCCCUCUUACAGCACUGAACUGUGUUUUCCACCUUUAUCUUGCAUCUACCUACCACUUCAGCAUUUUAUUAAAAAAAGAAGAAGGGAGAAAUGUGGGAUUCACAUAUAAAUGAAGUAUAAAAAUCAAUCGAAUAAUCAUAUCUGACUUGAUUGUUUAUAGUUCAUGAUGCGUGAUGAAAACUGAAAGUUUGUGUGAUAUGACUGCCCUUGCACACUGUUCACCAUGUAAGAACUUAUUCACUAUGUAAGAACUUGUUCACCAUGUAAGAACUUGUUCGUUAUGCUUCAGAAGAUUGGAGACUUUUGAGAAUUAGGCUUGGGGUUAAUCAAUGAUUGUGCAUUGAGUCCCCUAUACAGAAUUUUAUUGUUAACAACCAUUUGAUCAAUAAAUGAGAGAUGCCCUCUCAAAAAAAAAAAUAAAUAGUGUCAGUACCAAAUGAUUUCCCUCAUUUGUGGAGUAUAACAACGAAGCAAAACUGAAGGAACAAAAGAC